AGAGAGAGAGGGGGCGCGCGCGUGUCCGCCGCCCAAUGACAGCGCAGGAUGCUGCGCGAGGCUGCCCGACUGAAUGGAGGCGACAAUAUGCCGUCCAAAGCGGCGAGGGAGUGGAAUUAUUAACAUCGACCAAGAUCAGAUUUCGAUGUGUUCCACCCAUUGACGAAAGAGAUAAGUCCUCCAUGUGCAGCACAGAGGGUCAGAACCGUCUCCGCUAAGGACCCACUGGUGGCUGCACCGCCGAUUCACAGGACAUGUACGGCAGUGCCAGAGCUGUAGGCCACGUAGAGAGCAGCCCCGCACGCUCCCCGCGCCUGCCACGGUCCCCCAGACUGGGCCAUCGGAGGGCCAACAGCGGGGGCGGGGGUGGCGGGGGGGGGAAGACGCUCUCCAUGGAGAACAUCCAGUCGCUCAACGCUGCCUAUGCCACUUCGGGCCCCAUGUAUCUCAGCGACCACGAGGGCGUGGGCUCCACUGCCACCUACCCGAAAGGCACCAUGACUCUGGGUCGCGCCACCAGCCGGGCCAUGUACGGGGGCCGCGUCACGGCCAUGGGCAGCAGCCCGAACAUCGCUUCCGUGGGACUGCCCCACGGUGACCUUCUGUCCUACAGUGACCUGGGCUCCCUCUCCAUGCUGCACCACCACCACCACCACCAGGGGGUGCCCUCUGCACUCCUGAGGCAGGCGGUGCGGAGCAGCGGCGGGGAGCUGCUGGAGAUGCAGGUCCAGCUCAGGGACAUGCAGCGGGAGAAUGAUCUGCUGCGCCGGGAGCUCGACCUCAAGGACAGUAAGUUGGGAUCUUCCACAAACAGCAUCAAAAGCUUCUGGAGUCCUGAGCUGAAGAAGGAGAGGAUCAUGAGGAAAGAAGAGGCGACUCGCACGUCCAUCCUGAAAGAGCAGAUGAGAGUCACCCAUGAGGAGAACCAGCAUCUCCAGAUGACCAUCCAGGCCCUUCAGGACGAGCUGCGCACACAACGAGACCUGAACCACCUGCUGCAGCAGGAGGGCGGCAACCGCUCCGCUUCGGACCACUACACCACCAUCGAGCUGACGGAGGAGAACUUCCGUCGGCUGCAGGCCGAACACGACAGGCAGGCCAAGGAGCUCUUCCUGCUGAGGAAGACACUGGAGGAGAUGGAGCUUAGGAUCGAGACCCAGAAACAGACACUCGGAGCCAGGGACGAGUCCAUUAAGAAGCUGCUGGAGAUGCUGCAGAGCAAAGGGCUGCCAUCGGGGUCGGGAAGGGUGUCCGAGGAGGAGGAGCAGGAGAGAGCGAGGCGUAUCGCUGAGGCGGAGGCCCAGCUCGGACACCUGGAGGUUAUUCUGGAUCAAAAGGACAAAGAGAACUUACAUCUUCGAGAGGAACUACACAGAAGAAAUCAGCUGCAUCAGGACCCAAGCAAAACCAAGGCCCUGCAGACCAUCAUCGAGAUGAAAGACACCAAAAUUGCCUCUCUGGAGCGCAACAUUCGAGAUCUGGAGGAUGAGAUUCAAAUGCUGAAGGCAAACGGCUUACUGAACACAGAAGACAGAGAAGAGGAGAUCAAGCAGAUGGAGGUCUACAAGAACCACUCGAAGUUCAUGAAGACCAAGAUUGACCAGCUGAAGCAGGAGUUGUCAAAGAAGGAGUCUGAACUGCUGGCUCUGCAGACAAAACUAGAGACCCUCAACAACCAGAACUCAGACUGCAAACAGCAUAUCGAGGUGCUGAAAGAGUCUCUCACUGCCAAGGAGCAACGUGCUGCCAUCCUGCAAACAGAGGUUGAUGCUCUACGUCUGCGUCUGGAGGAGAAAGAGUCCUUCCUGAACAAGAAAACCAAGCAGCUGCAGGACCUGACGGAGGAGAAGGGCACUCUUGCCGGAGAAAUCAGGGACAUGAAGGACAUGCUGGAGGUCAAAGAAAGAAAGAUCAAUGUCCUGCAGAAGAAGAUUGAGAACCUGCAGGAGCAACUGCGGGACAAAGACAAGCAGCUGGGUAACCUGAAGGACAGAGUCAAGUCUCUGCAGACUGACUCUAGUAACACAGACACUGCCCUGGCCACCCUGGAGGAGGCGCUGUCAGAGAAGGAGAGGAUCAUAGAGCGCUUAAAGGACCAAAGGGAGCGGGAAGACAGAGAGCGCCUGGAUGAAGUGGACUCGUACAAGAAGGAGAACAAGGAUCUGAAGGAGAAGGUCAACAGCCUGCAGAUAGAAUUAACAGAGAAGGAGUCCAGUCUUAUCGAUUUAAAGGAACACGCUUCAUCGAUCGCAUCCUCUGGCCUCAAGAAGGAUUCAAAGCUCAAGUCACUGGAGAUUGCCAUCGAGCAGAAAAAAGAGGAGUGUAGUAAGUUGGAGACGCAGUUGCAGAAGGCCCACGAGGUGGAGCAGCACUCGGGUCCUAGAGGGAACCCAGAGUACGUGGACCGCGUGAAGCUGCUGGAGAAGGAUGUGAGCUACUACAAGGACGAAUCCAACAAGGCUCAGACGGAGGUGGAGAGACUCCUGGACAUCCUGCGAGAGGUUGAGACUGAGAAGAAUGACAAGGAUAAGAAGAUUGCAGAGUUGGAAAGCCCCCCUCCCUCUGCCCCUCGUCCCAUCCCUCGUCCCGGUGGCAGAGCUCCCCCUGACCCGCUCCCUUCUGUUUCCGCUGCCCCCCAGCAGAUAGGGGGCAUGGUGUGGGAUUUCCUGGGAAAUUUAGCUCCCAGACAAGGAGGCAAAGACUUGACAAAGAAGGGUCCAAACAUCAAACUGGGACCACAAGGGGACAAGAAAGGAUUAGGACAAGACCCGCGUAAAGACAGUUCCAUGGAGAGUGGCCACCACUUAAAGUUGGAGGAGCUGAUGAACACAUUGGAGAGGACGAGGCAGGAGCUGGAUUCCACCAAGCAGCGUCUCUCCUCCACACAGCAGUCGCUGCAGGAGAGGGACGGUCACCUCACCAACAUGAGACAGGAGCGCAGGAAACAGCUGGAGGAGAUACUGGAGAUGAAGCAACAAGCUCUGCUGGCAGCCAUCAGUGAGAAAGAUGCUAACAUUGCCUUGCUGGAACUGUCCGCGUCCAAUAAAAAGAAGACCCAGGAUGAGGUGCUGUCCCUCAAGAGGGAGCGGGACAAACUGAUGCACCAGCUCAAACAACACACACAAAGCAGAAUGAAGCUGAUCGCCGACAACUACGAAGAUGAGCAGUAUCAUGCACACGGCCCUCAUCAACCCCCGACUCAGCCCCCCCACGUUCAGUCUCAUCCCCAACUGCAGUACCCCCUCGAUGCCAAGGUCCUCCCAAUGCUGACCGAAUGUGACCCCAACGCCCCUCAUGCUCCUCCCCACGCUCCUCAUGCCCAGCAGACUCCAUAUCCCCACACGAUGCACCCACAGCACCCACAGCACCCACAGGCCCCACAACAGCACUCACAACAGCACCCACAACAGCACCCACAACAGCACCCGCAACAGCACCCGCAACAGCACCUACAACAGCAGCAGCCACAGCCCCAGUACACUCACCCCCCUCACACACAGCACCCUCAGCAGCACCCUCAGCACCCACAACCACCUCCCCAGCACCAACAGCACCCACGCAACCCGCAGCCCCAACACCCUCAACAACAGCACCCACAUGGCCCUCCUCAACAAGGACCCCACCCCCAGCAUCCACAUCCCCAGCACCCACAACACCCGCAGCACCCUCAGCAUCCACAUGGCCCUCCUCAACAAGGACCCCACCCUCAGCACCCACAUCCCCAACACCCACAACACCCUCAGCACCCUCACCACGCCCAGCAUCCACGUCACCCGUCGCCCCAUCAUCGGGGAGGGCCGGCCCGAGGACCCCCGCAUGCUGGUCACCGCCCUGCCCCGGACCAGGACGACGACGAGGGCAUUUGGGCAUAAUCCGUGCUGUGAAAAACCAAAGCUCUUUUAUUGUUUUUGAGGGAUCAUUCAGUCACUACUGGAGGAGCACAGCCAUGCCACGAUGUUGAAACACUACCCAACCAAACAUUCAUUACGUCCACUCAAUAAACGCUCCGCACUGGGACCUUUCUUUAUUUUCCGGGUAAGAGGAGGGGCCACUCGGGUGUGCAGGUCAUGCAGGGGAACUGACAGCUUAGCAGGAUCUUCAACACGGAACUGAAUUGGAAGGAAACAGACAGAAGGUUGAUGCCACACGAGAGAAAGAUGUGCUGAGUGUCACAUCUCUUCAAGGCUCCUCUGGAUGCUCCCACCCGAGAGCUGGUGAAUGCCAGCCCAGUAUUACUCACUAAUCAAUCUUCCUGUGGUUGGUUAAGAUCCUGGUUGCCUCGCUGUCUGUUUCACCUGCCUGACUGACUCCUCUGGCUCUGGUCGGCUCCUCCCGCCCGACUCUUUCAUGGUUUCUGUAUCCUCACUGCCCCGUUGACUCACCAGGUGACAUCUGACCCUUCUACCUGGCCACCAUGACCGUCUCUUCAGUAAUUUGAAUCUGAAUCUGAAUCUGUGAUAAUGAGCUAUUUCAGUCCUUGUGGCACACAGCGACUUCUUUUUUUACCUUUACAUCAAAAAAAGGGGAUAGAGUCCCACACCAAGUUAUAUUUUUUUCUUCCUCGUGAGCUCAUAAUAGUUGUUCUUUAGCCUCGCCUGCAGCCUCGGCAGUUUACUCCGCUGUACAAGCUCUUGGACUGUUUCCAGCCUCAAGGCUCUGGAUGCCAUCCAUUUUUCUCGUCGUAUUACCUCAUUUUAAUCAAAAGUAGGCAGAAAAAAAAAAUGAAUCUAUGCAGAUGUCAGUGUAGAGUGGAUAAAUACUCAAAUUUGAUCACAGUGGCCAAGAGAGCGGUCAGAAACUACUCAUCAGUCAGAUUGUUUUUGAGCUUCUGAGACUACACCUAUGCACCUCCUCCGGGUUGCAGGAAUUUCUACUAAUGGUGCUUCUGCUGGUGCUCAAACUAAAUUGUGCGAGAAGAACUGGUCAAGGGCAUAUUGUGUUCCUUUUACAGUGGAGGGACUUGAUCUCAGAAUGGGCUUCACGAAUAUCUGUAAAAAGACUGCUUUGUAUAUAUACGAUUUGGCCUUUGGGGGAUUUGUAAGACCCACAGGGAGGAGAUCUCUAUAUAAGACUGUCGGUGUGAAAACAUUAUAGACCAUGAAGGGGAGGGUCUUCAAUAUAUGUUUUCCCUGCAAGUCUAUUUAUACCAUCAACAGCCCAGUAUCUGAUCUACGGAAUUCUCCUUUCAGCAGUAGUCUGUGUGACCUCCUCAAACAUAGUGACUUGUUUUCUCCUUCUCAACAAGGAGGCCUGUGCCUCGUUAAAAAAACUGUACACACAUAGUAUAGAUAUGAAUAUAUUAUACAUAUAGAGAGAAAUCUGUCUAUACGUGGUCAGAAAAUCGUUUCAAACUGACAAGACAAUAUAUGUUUUGUUUCUUCGUGGUUAUUUUUGUAACUGGCUGGAGGUCAGAGAGAUGUCUUAUUACGAGCGUUGAGUGGUGUGAUUUUCCUCCGAUUUGUACGUGAGUAAACCCCUCAGCAGCAAGUAACAUUCCCUGCCUGAAAACACAUAGGACAGCCCAAAAGAAGAAAUAAGAGCUUUAGAGCGGUUUAUGUGAAAAUAGAAAAGUAUAUCCAAAUCUAUCUAUCUAGUAAAGAUGACAUCAUUACAUUCCUUUCUUCAAAGUGAAAACACUCAGUUGAACACCGCUUGUGGUGGCAACUUUGAAACAAUGAAAGAAAAACAAAAAAACUGAAUUAUGCAGCUCACAUGAGUAGCAAUGAGAUUAUGUCUGCUGCGCGCAGCGGUCAGAAACUCACACUUGUGGGCGAGGACUAUCACGUUUAACAUCCAAGGGGAGGUUUGAGUGACUCUGUCGGGAUGCUUUUGUUUUUUUUUGCGUGUUCGUCGUCGUUGGCGUCUUGUAAUCCGAAGUGGUGACAUACGUGACUGUGACAGCUGAUGAAGUAGAAAAACCAACGCACAUUGUUGCAGUGUAGUGGAAAAGUAAAAAAAAAAUUAGACUGUUUAAAGACAAUCCCCUUCUUCCUCUCCCUCCCCUCAUGAUGCCUGUGUGUUUCACGUGUAUGGCCAAGUGUUGACUGUUGUAUAUAAAUGUCUUUCCAUCUACACAACCUCCACAAACCGAGGGUUCCCGCGCAUCGCCUGUUGUGUCCGCUUCACGUACCGUACGAACCUUUAAAGCUCCUGUCACUGACCAAGAAUCAACAGCUCAUGUGGAGCUUUUGUGUUUGUGUUUACAAAUGUUAAAAGAGAAAAGUCCUGAUUUGGAUUUUGUUUUUAAAAGGAAAGACAAUGCAAGCAGACAGAGGAGCAAAAAUCCUCUAACUUCACCAUCAGGGGGUCGGAGUACGAAUCCUGCAUUUUCAGGUCCUUAUCUACUGAAUACUUGAAGUAGGGGGUUCUCCUACCAUGAAAUAAGAUUUAUAACUGACAUGGUAGAAAACAUUAAAAACAUUUCAUUUGUGCCCAUGCAUGCUGAAUUUUACAUAAUGUGCCAACUGAAAGCGAUGAUGUAAGUGUAAUCUCCUGUUCUCUAUGCAGAGCGAUUUCUCAACGGUUGAGAACUGUGUCACACAAAGCUUUAGGAGACACGGGGGCUUAGAGACUGGGGCUGGUUUUCGGGGCUUAGACGAAUCACUCAUCCUGGUUUUGAAUGACUGAAGUCAAGUGUCCAUCUGUGCCUGGAAGCAGCCGUCUAGAAAGACUUGAGUUAAAAAGGCCUGUAGGUUCACCACUAAUUGUCAAAGGCCUUUGAGAAUAAAAAAGCAUGGAAAGCCUAACACAAAUUUCCACUUUAUUGUUGUUUCUUUUCUUAUGUUGCUGAACCUUGCCGAACCUGGAUCAAACAAAUCACUGUGACCAAUGCCAGAAACAUUUUUGCUUUGAAAGAACAAAUAUUGUUUACUUUUGUAUUAUUUUUUGUAUUGUUUCAAUUCACCGAAUAGGCCAGUUUGAGUCUGUACUAUUUGUAUAUGUAAAUGUUUUGAGCUGUACAGUAAAGACCUAGGAACAAGUUAAAUGUGAGUGUCCAGCAUGCUGAAUGAUUACCCGUGUGAACGUGAGCUAAUCUCCCAUGAAGCAUCAUUCAUUACUUGCAUCUGCAUCGUGCUUUGUGACGGCGUGAUGUUGUGUUUGAGUGUGACGCGUGUCUCGCUCACUGUGUCCCCUUAGUAGACAGCCUGUGCAGUUUUUGUGAGUGUGCGGCAUGUUUUUGGGGUUGCUUGUGUAAAUGUAUUCAGAAAAGAGAGAGGUGUGCAUAGCUGCGUUUAUGGAUGUGCCAAUUUGUGGGUGUGGGUGUGUGUGUGUGUGUGUGCGCGCGCAUAUGUGUGUGUGUUAUGGAUGCGUAAGAGAAAAAUCGAUUUAAAAGAACUAACAGAGGAAGUACCUAGAUCAAAAAACAAAGAAGUGAGAUUGAGUCAAAGUUUUGAAUGAAGCAUGGAUACUCUGUGAUGUUUUAUGUUUUUUAAAUCUAGGAGGCUGUCCUCGAAGACCCAGUUUGCUAUUGUAUGUGCUGUAUCAGAAUAUUACUAUUGAGUGUUGGCCAGCUUGUUUAUAUCCAUCAAAUAAAGGUGACUUUCUUUC